AUGCCUUCCACCACCAACAACGGGUCCUCCAAUGGAUCUCCCAACGUAGCCGGUCGCCGGCCGCUCCCCGUCGGAAUCUAUGCCCCUACCAUGACCUUCUUCGAUCCCGAGACAGAGGAACUCGACAUCUCCACCAUCAAGAAGCAUGCCGAGCGGCUGGCCCGCGCCGGCCUGGCUGGACUCGUGACCAUGGGCUCCAACGGCGAGGCCGUCCACUGUACCCGAGAGGAGAAGCUUGCCGUCACCAAGGCUACCCGCGAGGCUCUCGAUGAGGCUGGCUUCCCGUCUCUUCCUAUUAUUCUCGGUGCCACUGAGGGCAGCGUCAAGGGCACAAUUGAGCUGAGCAAGCUCGCCAAGGAGGCCGGUGCCGACUACACCCUGGUCCUCCCCCCGUCGUACUACAAGGCCCAGAUGGACGAGGAGUCCGUCUACAACUACUUCAUCGCCUUGGCCGAUGGCAGCCCUCUGCCCAUCAUCCUGUACAACUACCCUGGCGCCGUGGCCGGUCUCGACAUGGACAGCGACCUCCUGGUCAAGCUCGCCCAGCACCCCAACAUCAUCGGCACCAAGUUCACCUGCGGAAGUACUGGCAAACUCACUCGAGUGGCCCUCGCUACCGAUGCCAAGACUCCCUUCCAGGAGGGCUCCGGAUACAUGGCCUUUGGCGGCAUCGCCGACUUUACUCUUCAGACUCUCGUCAGCGGUGGCAGUGGUAUUAUUGCUGGCGGUGCCAACGUCAUGCCCAAGGCCUGCGUCCGAGUUUGGAACCUGUACUCCAACGGCAAGAAGGAUGAGGCGCAAGCGCUCCAGAAGAAGCUCUCCAAGGGCGACUGGGUGUUGACCAAGGCUGCCAUUGCUGGCACCAAGUCUGCUAUCCAGAGCUACUACGGCUACGGUGGAUACCCUCGUCGACCCCUCAAGCGCCUCUCUCAGGAGCAGGCCGAUGCCAUUGAGGAGGGCGUUCGUGAGAUUAUGGAGAUUGAGAAGACUCUAUAA